AUGUCUUCACUUGCGGCACAACUGCAAUCCAUUCCCCUUCCUACGACAUCGUUCGCAGGUCAAACCGUUAUUAUCACGGGCUCAAACACCGGGUUAGGUCUUGAGGCCGCACGACAUUUUGUGCGACUAGACGCGGCACGAGUAAUUCUUGCGGUGAGAUCUGUCAAGAAAGGUGAAGACGCCAAGGCCUCCAUCGAAGCCUCCACGGACCGCAAAAAUAUCGUUGAGGUGUGGCAGGUCGACAUGUCCAAUUACGAUUCCAUUAAAGACUUCGUCAAAAAGUGCGAUUCGCUAGACAGAUUGGAUGUUGUCGUUGCGAAUGCUGGUGUAUUGCGAAACACCUACGAGGAAUGUGAAGGAACUGAGAUUUCAAUUACGGUCAAUGUUAUCGGAACAUUUCUCCUCGCGCUUGGCCUUUUCCCAGUUCUGAGAAGGUCAGGGAAGAAAACAGGACAAGCAUCAAGGCUAGUGAUAACGAGCUCCGUUGUACAUGAAAAUGCAAAAUUCCGAGAACGACAUGAAUCGUCGAUCUUUGAAGCCUUCAAAAAAAACGAAAAGCGAUAUCUUGCAGAUCGAUACUAUACCUCAAAGCUUCUUGAAGUUCUCCUCGUUCGUUCCAUAUCUGCAGCUAUGGAAAAGGGUCCACACGCAGCGGAGCCUGUGAUUCUGAAUUGUGUUAACCCCGGGUUGUGCCACUCGGAGCUCGACAGGGAUAUUAAGGGAUUGACUGGCUAUAUGCUCAGGAUCGCCAAAGCAUUGAUUGCGCGAACAACAGAGGUCGGUGGCCGUACACUCGUUCAUAGUGCAGCUGCUGGAUUUGAGAGCCACGGCCAAUACAUGAGCGAAUGUAAGGUCAAGGAGCCAAGCAAGUUUGUUCGGAGCAAAGAGGGAGCAAUUGCUCAACAACGGGUGCACGAAGAGUUGUUGGAGAUUCUGGAGAAGAUUCAGCCAGGUAUAACAAGCAAUAUCUGA